CGCGCUCAAUUGGCGGCGGAUUCAAACGUUCCGGCCCGGUCUCAGGGCCUGUGGGAGAGUAGGAGUCGGGGUUCUCGGUGUCCCCGAGAACGUGAGCUGCAGUGCGGGGCAGGGAGGGCCUAGGAAGCUUAGGCAGCUGGUGCCCGAGCCGGAGGGAGAGGAUGGCGCUCUCGACCACAGUCUCGCAGAGGAAGCUGAUAAAGCGGAAGGCUCCCCGCGGUUUUCUAAAGCGCGUCCUCAAGCAACGGAAGCCUCACCUCCGUCUGGAGACAAAUUGCGACCUACUGGUGCAUCUGAACUGUUUACUCUUUGUUCAUCGAUUAGCAGAAGAGGCUCGGACAAAUGCUUGUGAGAAUAAGUGUGGAGUCAUUAAAAAGGAGCAUGUACUGGCUGCAGCAAAGGUAAUUCUAAAGAAGAGCAGAGGUUAGAAGUCAAAGAACACAUUUUUGAAAAUUAUAUGAUGUAUUAUUUUAGGUGGUAACAGAUCGUGAAAGCACUUUUUAUAUAGCAUUUAAUAUUGUGUAUUAAAAUAUUGGCUAGCUGAAGGAUGUGUGUGUUUGUAUGUUUUUUACUGGUAUUGAAAUAUCUCAAGUAUACACAUAGAGCUAUAUAAGCUUUGUUUUUGACGAAUUGUUUCAUUUUAAGUGGCCUUUAGUUCAUUCUACUUCCCUUUUUGUUGGUAUUGCAGAUGUUUUACAUAUCAAAAUGAAAUCUUAGUGUGUGAAGUAGCUUGAAGAGAUGUAUUUCUUAGAAUUAAGUUUAUAAGUAUUUAGAUUUAGCCACAGUUAACUAUGGAAUCAAUUUAAUCUAUGAAGGAAGACAAUGUGCAGUCAAAUCUAGGUGUAUUUUAAAUAUUUUAACUGUUUAAUGCCUUUGUAUAAGCAAUGCAGUCUACUUUUAUUUAGGCCAAUAGUGUAAUAAUAUAAUUUCUCAACUGUAAACACCAGCAGGGUGUUUUCAAAAACCUAUUUCCCUCCAAAACCAAAAAAAAAAAAAAUAUUACAGAGCAAAUUGACGUAUUUUCUUCAAGUCACACAGAUUUAAUAGAUGGGUAUUCUUGGGGAAACCCCCAAGAAAUUUUUUAGAAUUUUUUGCAUAUCAUCUAAUAGUUGUGUUUUUAACUUUUUAUUUUGAAAUAAUUAUAGAUUGCAACUUGAAGUUGCAAAAAUAGUACAGAGAGGUCCACAUGUACUCUAUAUCCAGUUUUCUCCCAGUGCCUACAUCUUAAAUAAUUACAGUACAAUAUCAAAACCAGGAAUUUGACUUGGUACAGUGUGUGUAUAAUUCUGUACCAUUUUAGUACAUUUGGAGAUCUGUGUAACCACCACUACAGUCAAGAUACAGAAUUAUUUCAUCAUCACAGACUUCUCCAUCAUGCUGUUCUUUUAUAAAUUACACCCAGCUCCCCAUGUCCACUGCACACACAACACUCCCCUUCCUAUUUCCACCAUCCCUAAGCCGUGGCAACCACUAGACUGUUCUCCAUGUCUACAAUUUUGCCAUUGUGAUGCAAUCAUACAGGUAUUACUUUUGGGAAUUUGCUUUUUUCACUCAGCAUAACUCUCUUGAUCCUCCAAGUUGUUGCAUGUAGCAAUUUGUUCCUUUUUAUUACUGAGUCGUCAUAUUCCAUGGUAUUUAUGUACCACAGUUUGUACAGCUAUUUACUCACUGAGGGAUAUUUUGAUUAUUUCUAGUUU